AGCUGUCUCCGGGUAUCGAAUGGUGGCCAACCGUCGCGGAGGCCAGAAUCUAAUCUACGACGGUCACAUGUACACCGUUGAACGCAAGUACAGGAACAGCAUCAACUGGGUCUGCUCGAAAAACAGCAACAUUGCGCUUCGCUGCCCGGCCAGAUGCGUCACCAAUUCCAAUACCAGCGGCAUCAAGCUGAGCCAUCGCCACCACAACCACCCAGCAGAUGCUUUUAAGCUGCAUCGACCCAGAUGGCGAAGUGGUAUUUCGAGCAAAAGAAGCCGCCGUAGCUGAAGAAGAACUUCAAGUUCGGAUUUACCAAUUCAGGUCCAAUGCUGCAGGCCCAUAUUUUUAUGCAAAACGGAUUUAUGGUUAUCGACGGC